AUGCGGCUACAGAGCCUCGCCCGACACGCACGGCUACUACCGAGCCUAAGCAAGGCCGAGGUCGAGGCCAAGGUCGAGGCCAAGGUCGAGGCCAAGGUCGAGGCCAAGGUCGAGGCCAAGGUCGCCCGCAAGGCAGAGGUCGCCCGCGAAGCAGAGGUCGCCCGCAAGGCAGAGGAAGUCGAGGAAGUAGAACUACGAGUAACACUACUAACGAGGAGUAACGAGGGAUCUACGCUACGGUUAUUACUAAUAAGCUAA